AUGAUAUGCCACAGCUGUGAGCUGCAGAAUCGCCCUCAGGUUCAAGUAGUCCGCCACAUUGAGCCUAAUGGAGCGUGUCACUUUGUGUCUGCCUGCUCUCAGGUCGGGGAUAAUCAGGAGGAGAGUGUGCGGCUCAGGGAGGCAACCCGGCGUCUGUACUCUCAGCUGAAGGAGAUGGAGAAGAGGCAUCAGGAGGAGAAGGAGAGAAUGCAGGUAGAGGCAGAGGAGUGUGGCGUCCGUGUGGCGGAGCAAUUUACGCGUCUGCAGAAGGUGGAUGAGCAGUCGAAGGAGAGGGGUCAGCAGGUGGAGGAGCUGCAGAGGCUGCUGGGAAACAUGGAGAUCGAGAGCGGCGUCCUCAGAGACAAGAUGGCUGCAGGGGAGGCAGAGCUGCUGAAGCUCAGAGCAGACGGGGAGGAAAGUGAGGAGAGUGAAGAGAGUGAGGAGAGGUGUGAACAGCUGGAGACGGAGGUGGCCGGCCUGAAGGAGAAGAUCCAUCACCUUGACGACAUGUUAAAGAGCCAGCAGAGGAAAGUUCGCCACAUGAUCGAACAGCUGCAAAACUCCCGGACGGUGAUUCAAGAGAGAGAUCGCUUCAUCGGGGAUCUGGAGGAGAAGGUGGCUUUCCUGGAAGCUGAGAACAGACAAAUGCAUGACCACAUGGAGUACUUCCUGGCAGGCCAGGAGCCUCUGACGCCCACUGAGAACAAACCAGAGGUUGUUUACAGUAAAACACUUACACCGACGUCACCGACCAACAAGACCCUCCCGUUCAUCAAAGUCAUCGAGAUCAUGUCCUGAGUGGGGUGUCAACCAAAAGAAUGAUUACAGUGUAAAUGUAUUUAACCACACACCUUUAUGAAACAAAGAUCUGGAGUAUUUCAAAAAGGCUUGCUUAACAGACCUCAUGGUGACGAAGCACUUGGUCCUUUUUAGAACCUGUUACUUUUGAGGCUGUUCUGCGUACCUUCAGAGUCUCUAAGUGUCUAACAGAAUCUAAAGAAGGAAAGUUAUGGGGAACUCAACUUAGGAUCCAAUGAUAGGAGGGAUUCUUGAAAGGAAACAAUACAGCACGAGUGAAGUUACGUUUAUUUUCCAACUCUAUUUCUCCAAUGCAGCAAUAAACUGCUUGAAAGGUCAAUUCAAAAGGAUGGUUUGAGACUAAUAUCUGUUUAUGUUGUACAUUUCUCCAUUACAAAUUGAUUUGGAAAACCUUAUACAAAUCUGCAAUUAGAUUAGAUUUUCAGCACUUCUUCAACCUACAGCCUGUUAACCAUGACCCUGAGCUGCAGGGUCACAUUCCUCAGUGCUUUGCACCACACUGCUAAUGGCAGGCAGUUAGCUAUUUCAAUGCUAACAUAUGAUUAAUGUUUAACUUAAAUGUAUUCCUCUGACAUAAGAGUGGGAUUAAUGUAAAAUGAGUGAUGCUAUAUUAUAUCUAUUAUAAAGUUAACCUUUAUUUUAUUAAUGCUGGAAAAUACUUAUUAUACGGCUACCUUUAGAGGCUAGUUUUUAUUUCUUAUCUAUGCUGCCAAGUGCUGCCUCAACAUCCUUAUUAUAUAUCCUGCCUGUGCUAAACGUUUGCAUAUUUAAUAACCACCUUGAAGUGAUAACUGACUUCCAUAAUAAUACAUUGUCUGUAUGCUUUUUCUGUAAAAUACUUUCAAUCCAGUAUGUACAUUUUUAUAAAGUCCCAUUUACUGUGAACACUGAAGUUGUCUGUUGCUGUAGUGUAGACUGUCAUCAUUUGUUUCAACCUUUAUAUAUACAGUAUAUGGUUUCAACGAAAAUCCUUUUGUUCUCUGAUUCAUUUGAUGUACUCCUUGAGUUUUUCACACCUAACUUGUAUCGUCUGUGUUGCAUCUUUACUCCUUGACCUUGUACUGCCACCUAGUGGAGAUAAUAAAGACAAUGAAAA